CAUCUGCCGGACCUCUUUUACGCUGGAUUCUGCUUCGGGAACCUCUCGGUUACUUUGGAAGGGAGAGAGAAAAGCAAGCCGAAGGGGAAAGAGAAAAGUUUAGCAACGAUCACCGUUCGGUCGUUGCAAACUAGGAUCAGGUGACGACUACGAACGUUUCGACCUCUGCCUGGACCGAGUCUCCGGUUUCGGAGUCCAGGUCUUUCGGCACGACCGCCAAACUUCGACAGGGGACGUCUUCGAGUCGAUUAGAGCCUCUUAAUCAGACCUAGAGCCGGCUUUCGACCAUCUCGAAGCGUUCGCCAGCCGAGUUCAAAGCAACAGGCGAUCGGACGGAUCUGUCGUGAACUCGACAUCUUCCACAUGUUCAACGGUGCCAGUUUCGGUUAUCCCAACGACUUUCGACCUGAACAAGAGGUCUCUAGGAAAGACGUCGUGCACCAAGAUAUUUCGGACAUCUCGCUAGACAUCUCAGAAUUUGCGAAACACCUCGAAGCCAAGAACGGACACGGUGGAAGCGGACAAGACGACGAAGGUGCACGGGGAGGAUUGUUUGAUUUCGGUUUCAACGGAGACAUCUUGUCUCCGCCCUCACCUGCAACCAUCGCAAGCACGACAGAUAUCUCGGGGGGCGAUUACCUGCCCCCUGACUCCUCUCAACGUUCCUCUGCCUCGAACAACGACGUCAAUCCUGGAGCCAACCAGAUCCAUCGAGCCCGUAGUGUCUCGCAACCUACUACCUUUGCUCAACGCAAGAGUAAUCUUUCCCUUUCUAUCCCCCAACUUCCUGUACAACAGGAAUUCCAGCACCAGACUCAGCAUCAGUGGGUCCCGUCCUUCGAUGCGAGCACGUACCGCGUCAAUGCCAUGACGGGCUUCACCCCCGCUUUUCCGGACAGUCCGGCGGCGGGGAUGAUGAACCAGGACUAUUUCAGCAUGCCGCUGAACGACGGGAACGAUGUGAUGAUGUCUUCUGACCAGGAUCAGACCAUCAACGCCAAUCACCUCGCUUCCAAGUCGAUGAUGGAUGUGCGGUACGGAUACAGGUUACCCGCUUCGCAGCCUUCUUCACCGGUCAGAAGUGGGUAUCCCCCGGGCCAGGCACCGUAUGCUGGCCAUCACCAGGCUCAGGGGAGACCAAGAGGGUUCACGACGAGCGAUGUGCAAGGACACGCUUUCUUUGCGAAUAUGGGGCAUUGGAGGACUCAGGACGAUCAUGGAAAUGGGUACUUGCAGAACUUGCAGCAGCAGAAUUUCCAGCAACAGCAGCAGCAGCAGCAGCAGCAGCAACAACAACAACAACAACAUCAGACCCCUCAACCGCAGCAACUCCAGGCCUCCCAGGCCCAGCAACAUCAUACCCCUCAGCCCCAACAGCAGCAGCAGCAGCCGCAGCCGCAGCAACAGCAACAGCAACAGCCACCCCCAUCGCCGUUUAAUUACAGUCCUAUUGAGCCUACCGGAUACGGCAUUCCGCAGCCCGCCUCAGUUGUCGGCACUCCGCAAUCCGUCCAAAUUGUCAAUAUGCCAGGAUUGCAGAGCGGCACACAUUCACCUUUUCCAGGGAUCAUGCCCGUCUCUACCGCCCAGCAGUCACCAAUCAGUCCGGGACCGUCUUUGAUGCAACAGCAGACGUCGUUGCAGGAAGCCGUCGCGCAGAUGAAGGACGCCCACCAGAACGGCAACAAUCCCAUCAAUGUUCACGCCAAUCCGCAGAAUCUGAAUCUGCAUUUCAAUCAGCCAACUCCUAUCAACUACCGAAUGACGACUGAGCCAGUGUUGCGUAACCCGGUACCUCACCUCGAGAACCAAGCAAUGUCCUACAACCUCGGUGGGCAGGAAAUGCAGAUGGAACCUCAAUCCAUGCCAGUACAAGCGCCGCAAGUUCCCUUCACCCCAUCCGCUCCUCCUUCCGUGUCGGGGAUGAGCAACUCGAUGAUGGAAGAAUCGGGAAUGGACGCUCAGACGCGCAGCCUCAUCUUAGAGAGUCGGAGAUCGUCGACCUCGGCCGCUCCUCAGAACAUGACGGGGAUGAAUACGCCUGCACCAGCUCCGAUUUCUGGGUUCGCGAAGACUAACAAUGGGACAAGGACACCUGAUAUCACCAAGCAAGUCCAGGAGAAAUUGACCUUCCUCGACAAUCUCGCCAAUUCGGUAGCUCAAGCGAGGCAGGAGAUCCUCCUCGGUCACGCGAACGCGGCGGAUGAAUACAUUACCGAUGUCGGCAACGCAAUCAUCGAGAAGGCCCUCUCACCCGAGAAUAUUGGAAACCCGACUCCCUCCCUCAAUCUCCAGCUGCCAGGUUUAGGAAGCAUCGUGCAAGCGCAACAGGCUCCUCAGCUUGCGCCCUCGCCGGCGACAUCACUGGCAAUGACGCCCAUCCAUCCUGGAUCAACGCCCAACCCUCCUAGCUCGGACCCUCCGGCGCAACCCGUUCUAGCACCGCCCUUCGAAUUGAAACGAUCGCGCAGCGUCAAACGUUCCGCACCAGAGUCUCCGCUAUUGGCCAAUGCGCAAGCUAUGAACAAGCAUAUCAAGCUGGACGAUCUUGGUCCUAGCGAAGUAGCUUCUGCCCCAGUCAGCGCGGGACCGGGAACGCCAGUCCCUGGACAGAUGGUUCAUUCUCAUUCCUUCCCUGACGGCCAUCUGAACGCAAUGAACAAUCAGAAUAUCGGGAUGAGUAACACUGCUCAGAACUCUAGCAACGCGGCUACCGCCACAAGCAACGCUAUGCUCGCGGUGCAGACUGGCAGCCGACCGCCGACCGUACCCUCGCCUCUAGGGCAUCCCGCCAUGCAGAUGAACGUAGACCCUCCUUUUGCGCAUGCUCAAAUGAGUACCUUCUCUACACCUCGUAUGGAGACGGUUCCACCGAACUGGGAGUUCCAGCCUGAUAUGGCCGCGAACGAGAUGAUUUUAUCUGCGCAGAUGGCUGCAUUCGGUCAAGCGUCGGGAUUCAGCCAACCACAGCAGACUACGCCAUCCCGUCGAGGAUCGAUUGUUGACGGCCGGCUCAUCUCUAAUCGACCCAGCCUAUCCGUCUUGGGCCAUGGUACCGAGGGUCAGACAACAAGUACACCCGUCGUUCCUACCUUGGCUAGUGCCGGGCACUUUAGCAUGUCGGGGACGCUAGCGAUGAGUACUGCAGGCGGUAGCUCUCAGCAGCAGGGCAACACCGAUACUUCGCAAUCGACAGGUAUCGGUGGUCGGAGUGGCAAUAUUCAGGCUAGUUUUCCGAGUGGAGACGGGGCCGACAGUGAUAGCGACUCAGACGACGACGGUCCACCUCGAAACCUCAAGCGAAGACGAAGCUCCGAGCACGUGACGUCGAUCCCGGGGACAUUGACCCAGCCUCCAGAUUUGAUUUCCCCCGAGAUGCGAGCGCAAUUGGACAUCAUCUUGUUCAAGUUCCUCAACCGUGUUUGCUCUGAUCUGGAUUUCCACGACGCCAAGGGAGAAUUGCUACAUCAGGCCUUGAUGCCAAAGAAGAUGGCAAAGCUGGACGAAUCGCCGGACUUUCGCCCCUUCAAGUUUCGCAUUCAAGCCUUCACCAAUGCAUUCGCUGAGGAGCUCCAAAGAUUGGGAGUUCUGGAAGAGACCCUGUCCGCCAAGAAGAUCAAGUCAUAUCUGUGGAACCAGAAAUUGAUUUCCAGAUUCAAUGAGGACGGGAAGAAGUCGAAAAGCAAAGGAAAUCACAUCUGGAACGUCGACGCCAAGAAAAUGCCGGAUGGCUCCUGGAUAUUCCGCGAAUUCAAGAGGAAAAUUGCGCCAACACCGUCGACACACGCCUAUAUCGGUAUGACCUACAGCUGGACGCCGCGAGUCUGGGAUCCUCAGGCAUCGACUGCGGAUCUCAAUGUCACAUUUAGCUCCUUACCCGGUACAUUACCAUCAUGGCUAUCAUGGCGGGAUAACGUAUUGAGCGGUACCCCUUCCGAAGGGGCGACUUCUGCUCACAUCACUGCCCUGGCGACAUUUGCUGAUUCUACGGGCAUAGAUCACCAGCUCGCGCUGUCGUUUCCGAUUCAUAUCGCUCGUCCUGGCGAAGAUUCCGCAGAGUCUUUGACAGCUCAGAGUUAUGUUACUGCGCAACAACCUUUGCCAGUGACAGAAGCUCAACUUCCGCAACAGCCGUUCCUGAAGUGAUCCUUCACAGUUUCCCCCUGGUUGGCCAAUUCAGGAAUUGCCAGUGGCCGAGUCCGAGAUGUUCCUCUCGACAUCACCGCGGCAUGUCAACAGUCUCUUACAGCCGGUGCCGCCGCAGUCUUACGCUACCUUCAAUCCUAUGAGUAUGCCCCAGGUCCCCAUGCCAAAUCACUUUCACCCAGGACCACCAUCACAACAACACUAAAGUUAGACAAAAGUAGACGCCGAGUCGCGCAAAAGCCAACGUUGUACAUGUUUUACGUCCGGACAAGGGACUAUACCCACCAGCUGCCGAUUUGUCUUGCGGGUCGUCAAAGCAGACACAUGAUCGCAUCUACGCAUAUCAAAUCAGCAUGUUUGCCACUGUACAAAGCCCACAAGCGACAUACCGUUUGCCGGGCGGAGGACCAGAAUCG